GAGCAGCGCCAGCUACAGUCAGGAGGAGAAGGAAGGAGAUGGCCGACAAGUAGGCGACCGAACCGCUGCCCCUUCGUCGGAGACGUUCCCCUUUUCUAGGUAACACACCUUCACAGCUGAAGCUCGGGAGAAGAAGUGUUAAAUAAAGUCGCCCCUCUUCCACAAUGGCAGAACAAAACAGCAACGUCAGAUACCAGGAGCUGGUGAAUGAGGAAGAGCCACCGCAGGAGGGUCCGGCCCAGGACGCACCGCCACCUUACAGCAGCAUCGCUGCAGCAAACGCAGCUUUCUUUGAAUACAAGGAAGAUGGAGGAAGAUUUCCCAACCCUCCUUCGUACAGUGUUGCCACCACUCUGCCCUCGUACGAUGAAGCAGAGAGGAACAAAGCAGAGGCGGCCGUCCCUCUGGUCACAGGAAGAGUCACGGAGGACGACUUUGUGGCCAGAGACGACUUUGAAGAUGCGGAUCAGCUGCGAAUAGGAAACGACGGCAUCUUCAUGCUCACUUUCUUCAUGGCUUUCCUGUUCAACUGGAUUGGCUUCUUCUUGUCCUUCUGCUUGACCACAUCUGCUGCUGGCCGAUAUGGAGCCAUCUCUGGCUUCGGCCUGUCGCUCAUCAAAUGGGUUCUUAUUGUCAGGUUUUCCACCUACUUCCCUGGUUACUUUGACGGGCAGUAUUGGUUGUGGUGGGUGUUCCUGGCACUGGGCUUCAUGCUGUUCAUCAGAGGCUUCGUCAACUACUCCAGAGUGCGGAAACUAGCCGAUCCCACCUACGCAUCUCUUCCCCGAACAAGGGUGCUCUUCAUCUAUUAGAGGACGGCGGAUGUGGAAGAAGUGGACGUGGUCGAUAUGAGGAGUGACUCUGUGAAGAGUCAAAUCAAACGGAAGACGCUCACACGAGGAAUCGGCUAGGCGAGUUACCGAUGAAGACGACUCAUGAUGAAAUAUUCAGGAAUUAUAUCACUUGUUUUAUUUUUGUUUUGAAACUUUAUUAAUGGAAAAAAAAUGUUAAUGGUAAUAGUCCCUCGGUGUGUUACUCAUUAGUGGUGAAUGUUAAGUGCUUUUGACAUCUUGGUCUGUAAUGUAUAAGUGAUGCCUUAUAUCAUUUGAUGGCAGCAUAUGAGCAUGCGUCUGCCCUGACAGUCAGUGAACGGGGAGAGACCCUUGAAGCCAACAGGUAAUAAUUAAUAAUAAACAUGUAAGACACUUUGUAAUCUGCACUAAAUGCGAUUAUUAUGAUUAUUAUAGGCUAUUUUUAGAUGCCACAUACACUUAAAAAACCAACAACUUUUCAUUGGGUUAAUAUACACAUUAUAUAUUAUAUAAUACACAUUUAGAAUUUAACUCACCUGUUGGCUUUAUGUAGUGUUGCCCUAUUUUUAGCCAGAGGGGGGCAGUGUUGUUUUCUAGUUUAAGGUGACAAAAACUGUUCAUCUCUAGGACAUUGUCAUAAUAAUAAUAAUAAUUAAAAAAACAUGCUUGUGAUUUAAAUGCAGUGUCAGUGGAGCACACCGAAAUGACGGAUGUUAUGAUUCUGCUUAAUAAAUGUUUUGAUGCA